AUCGAGCACGCCUUGCAGACACACCUCCCUUCAUCGGUGAGCACUACUGACUGCAGCUGCUGCAGCCGAGUUCAUCUUACGAGAAUAUAAACAAAAGGAUGGAAUUAGCGGAGGUAUUCGUGAACGGCAUCGUCAAGGCGGGCGACACGCAGAAGCUAAGCGACCAAGAGUAUACCAGACUCCUCGCUAAAGUCUUCGAAGUGGCCACCUCGACCGAAAACGCCGACGACGGCGGAGCCAACGACAGCGACGACUUCAAAGAAGCCAGCUCGGGCGUGCUGGCCCUCAUUCUCGAAGCCGCCCGUUACAACCUCGACGAGUCGCAGCUCACCCUCCAGCUCGAGGAGUACGGAGUCGUCGGCAACAGGGCGACGAACCUGGCGCGCAAGUACGGAGCCCACAGGGAGUCUAUCCGGAUUGGUCUCUCCGAGAUCGGGCGCGGGCCGCCGCACAUCACCGACGUUGACUGGUGCGUCGACUACAGGGUGAAGAACAGUCACCUGGAGCGGUUGGGGGAACCCGUGUUUCAGAUCCAAUUCAAGACGGCGUCCGAGCCGGUCUCGUUCGCCUGCAACAUGGCGCAGAUGCAGGACUUGUUGCACGCGCUGCGGGACGCCUCCAAGUGCGUCGAAAGCAAGUGUCAGGGCGGUGGGUCGUAAAAAGAAAACAAUAAAAAAAAAAACUGAAAUGCUUUUUAAAUUUUGCUGGUACAGACGUAAGUUGUGACGCUAAACAGUCAGUCGGACGCCGUGUACAUAGAACGUCGAAAUGGACGUCCAUGGGA